UUAUUUGAUAGUGGAUUUUGUAGCAGUUUUGUGGUGAGACCAUCAGUGAAGUAGUAUUUCUAUCGUAUUUCUAUUUGUUGAGCAUGUCUGCAGCAGCAUUUGGCUUUAUUUCAACUCCCAACUCAGUGAGUCUCAGUCUCACCCACCUGUUGCCUCCAAACACAAGCCUGAUUUUCUUUAACUCAUUAUCAGUACCCACUUAUAGAAACUCUUGUUUAUCGAAGUCAGCUUCUCUUAAUCAAGUAUUAUUUUUAAGAGUUCCAUAUGGAUCCUUCAACUUCAAGCGCCAUUCCUUCUUCACUUCCUCUAAACCCUUUUCUUCUCCUGUCAUGGAGUGGCAGGAUUGCACGGUAAGGACUGAAAUUGAUGUGCCUGUUUCGGUAGCUUAUAAUUGUUACGCUGACCGUGAAGCCAUUCCUCGUUGGAUGCCAUUUAUUUCUUCUGUAAAGGUAUCGGAAGACAAGCCCGACUUAUCACAAUGGUCUUUGAAAUAUAAGGCUUUUGGUCGUGAUAUUGAAUACUCUUGGCUUGCUAGAAAUUUGCAGCCCAUCCCAAAUCAGAAAAUUCACUGGAGAUCUCUUGAAGGUCUUCCUAAUAGUAUGGAAUUCCUCAGGUAUCCGGAGAUCAUAUCAAAGGCUAGCAGCUGGACUAUACGUAACCAUUUACUAUUAUUGUCUUCAUAGCAAUUGAAGGCUCUUUUUUGUAUUAUCAAAUUGGUAUACUCCUCACCAGACUUGUAGAGUCAUGUAAUCCUAUUUUUUAAUUUUCAUAUCAGUGGAGUGGUGUUCUAUUUUGAAUGCAAAAAAGAACUAUGAAUAAAAAUGCUACUUCUUAGAACCUUUAUGAAGACAGUAUCACCUUUUAUAUCUUCAGAUUGCUUGUGGUCUGGCAUUUGCAUCUGGAACAUUAUUAGCUGAACAUAGCAUGAAUCAAGCAUUGCUACAUGUCCAAGUUCUCCAAGUUUUAUCAUCCUAUAAAUUUGAUCAAUUGGAUGUUAUAUGAUAUCUGUAUAUUAAUACCUCGUGUUUGAGUAUUGUUAUUUCGGUUGGCAUAAAUUAAAAUCAGAAUCUUUAUAAAUUGAUUUGUCUCA